AGUGACAAACGCCAACAUCCAGCGCCUCUUCCCAGUUCUCGUUUUCCGUUGAGUCUGUUCUGCUUCGGUCGUCUGUUCUUCGGCCGUUUUUUUUUUCUCUCUUCUUUCUUACGGCCCCCUUCUUCGGUUGCUUUUCUUGGGGAAAGGUCCGCGUUCCAGUCGCACCAUUCGAGGGGCACUUUUUGCGGGUCGUCUGGAAUUGACCCUUUCGCUCAUUGUCUAGUUUUCCUUGGUGACGACUUUCCUAUGGUUAUCUAGACCACUUUUCCAAGCAAAAGGACAGGCGAUUACAAUUGGAAGGUUCGCAAAACGUUAGAGCGGGUGGACGUCGUUGCAGCAGCUAGAGUCAACAACCCCUGGCACCGGGAAGAUUCCGCACCAUAGUCCAUAGAUAUCUUCGAAAAUGAGCGUCCGCGUGGUUGCGCGGGUUCGACCCCUGCUCAAAUCAGAGCGAGAGCUGGACGUGAUUGUUCGCACUGGUCCGUCUCCUAAUUCGACAGCAUCGUUGCCUUCUUCCGACACCACGGCAAAAUCCGGUGCAGCUAAAGGCAAGAAGGACGCUUUGGCGGCACUCAGGGACCGGGAUACAAUCGUGCGGAUACCUAAUCCGAAAAACGAGGGAGAGGAGUUCUCGUUCCAGUUCAAUGCAGUGUACGAUGCGAGUGCGACACAGCAGGAGCUGUUCGAUGCAGAAGUCGCACCCACUGUAAAGCACCUUUUUACCGGUUUCGAUGUCACGAUAUUCGCAUAUGGUGUUACGGGAACAGGGAAAACGCACACCAUGCGGGGCGGUAAAAGCCUUGCGGAUAGAGGCGUCAUCCCUCGUCUCCUGAGCGCCAUCUACAGACGCAGUCGGAAGCUCGACAAGGAUAGUGAAGGACAAACAAAGGUCGACGUUUCCAUGAGCUAUUACGAAAUCUACAAUGACAAAGUAUUCGACUUAUUUGAGCCACCAGAGAAGAGGACCGCUUCCGGACUGCCCUUGAGAGAUAAUGGAGGAAAGACGGUCGUUGUUGGGCUGACGGAGCGGCCCUGUCCGAGUUUGAAAGAAUUCGAGAGUUUGUACGAUCAGGCCAACAUGAACAGAUCCACUUCCGCGACGAAGUUGAAUGCACAUUCAUCUCGAUCGCAUGCAAUUCUGUGCGUGAAGGUGGCCGUAACAACGGGCGAUAAGACCCGCAUUAGUACCGCAUCUGCGAUCGACCUUGCGGGUUCGGAGGAUAAUCGUCGAACAGGCAAUGACAAGGAGCGCAUGGUCGAAUCGGCCAGCAUAAACAAGAGUCUGUUUGUCCUGGCUCAGUGCGUGGAAGCCAUCAGCAAGAAGCAGCCGAGGAUCCCGUACAGAGAGUCGAAGAUGACAAGGAUCUUGUCGCUGGGACAGAAUAACGGACUGACAGUAAUGAUCCUAAACCUUGCACCUGUGCGCUCAUAUCACUUGGAUACAGUCAGUUCCCUGAAUUUUGCGAACCGUACGAAGAAAGUCGAGGUGCGAGAGGUCGAAAACGAGCCUAUGUUCAAGGGCCCACCAAGGCCUACAGUACGGUCUUCUGUUGCAGGUUCCAUGCAGCGACAGCCUCUGCGGCCGCUGGCAGCGUCAGUAAAUGCGAACAUUGGUGCGCCUGCCGCAGCGACAGAUGAAAAGCCGGCUGAUAGCAAGCCUGCAAAGGCAUUCUUUGUGUAUUCCGAUAAGCCCCAGCAGAAACAGGCCUCGCAGAUCAAGAAGCCAGAGAUUACCAAACGAUCAUCGCCUCUGAAGCGGAAGUCGGAUACUUUCAGAUCUCCGAGGCCUAGAACUGCAAAGGGGCUUCGACAGCCGGAAUUAUCGGAGUCUUCUCGCAGUUCGGGGGCAGAAAUCUCCGCAGCCAAGAUUGAAGAGAUGGUCCAGAAGAAGGUCGAGGAGAUAUUAGCUGCGAAGGCCCUGGAUGAGACCGCCAAGCAGAAGACUCAGGCGAACGAUAUCAGCGAAGCAGUGCAGCGUCGCUUGGAACUUCUCGAGCAGCGCAUUGAAGGCAGAGAGGAUGCGCGAGCUGAAGGGCUGUCCUACCUUCUAAUGGCAAAACAGCACCAUGCACGAGGCGAGGACUCCUCAGCCUUGAAGAUGUACCAACUUGCAUUGCCUUUCUUCCCGCAUAAUGCAAAACUGCUAGGAAAGAUCUCAACGCUGCAAGAAAAGCUUGACAUGAAGGUCCAGAUGCAACACGCGACUGUCGCAGCUGAGGAAGCUACAUCAGCAGCACGACGUGAACUAGGAAGCAUGCUUUCCCUGAAGAAGAAUGAGAAACCCACGCGCCCAAAACGCCCAGCUGAGGUGGAUGGCGAGUAUCAAGACUCAGAACACAAUGAAGAGUUUAGUGAUGAGGAGUACGACCUAGCUGGCGGGUUUCGACACAAACCCAAGCAGAAGAGGGCCAAGACGAAGUCUCCAGUGGUGAAAGAGCACGAUGAGUCCGAGGCUGCUGUUCUGGAGGAGUUUGCUAACUCCCCACGCACGGCUCAUCUUCUGUCGAUCAUCAACUCUCGCGAUGUCAGCCAGAUCAAGCUUCUCAAGGGCGUCGGGAUCAAGAAGGCCGAAGCCAUCGUCGACUGCCUCUGCGAAAUGGACCAUGAACUGGACCAGGAUGACUACGAAGCGAGUGAUGGACAGGCCCAGGUGAAGAGCUUGACGGAGCUCAGCAAAAUGAAGGGAGUGGGCUUGAGAACGGUCCAAAAUAUGAGGAGCGGAAUUGUGGCGUGAGCAUUAUGUUUCAGAUCUCAUUUACAUACCGGUUUUGGUAGAAUUUCCAUCUUCUUGGGAGUUUGGGCAGCAUUUUUGGGAGAAGUAUCUUUAGGAUUUUUGUUUUGCUUUCUCCACUGUUCUAUCUUCGCCCUUAGCGAAGACUAUGUUUCUUUUUCUUGUUCUGGCGCUGGAA